UUUAUCACAGUGGUAUAGUACACCUUCACAAACCAGGAAGCAAUGUAACACUUAAAUAGAAGCUUUUCGACAGAUAUCAUAACAUUUUCUUAACUACAACAUGUAUUGAAUUGUAAAAAUAUGGGAGUACCUGAUUUCAUUUUUGGCGUUGUCGUUUGCCUACUAAUUCAAUUAAGUACAGGUCAAAUGUUGAUAAACGAGGAGCUACGGAAUGAGGCCUCUUGCACACUUGAUGUAACUAUAAGUUGUGGCAACAAUGACAUUAUUGCGGUACAUUCCGUGUACUUCUUCUAUGAUUCGGACUGUACCAAUACGUGUUGUAAAUACAACAGCAGUCAUUCCAGUGUCGGCGCAGAUGAAAACGAUAUACAGGGAAUUCGUCGCCUAUGCUCUGGUAGAGAAUCAUGCAGUCAUGCGUUUGACGGAAAGCGAAAUUUUGGACAGUGGAAUGUACAGACGCCUUCCUACGUUAUGGUACAAUAUUUCUGUAUUCCUGGAUCAAGAAUGAAUACAGUUUGCUCUAAUGAAGAGAUAAUGUCGCAGGGGAGAUUACCACUGUACCUGACAAACGAGAAUUACCCUUCUGUAACAACAGGAAAUAGUACGUGCUCUUGCUCGUUGGAGAUAAACUCGUGUUCUUCAAAUGUUCGCCUUCAUUUGUUAGAUAUAGACCUAUACUUAGACACGCAAACCUGUGAACAAAGUCUCGAAUUCGCGAAUGGCAAAGGCAACUUGUUGAAGGACAUUCACUGUGAAAGUUACCACACCAACAAUAUAACAACAAUAAAUCUAGGUUCGCACUACGUGAGAAUAACCUUCGUCGAUAAAUCAACGCAAGACCAGGAAGGAUACUUUCUUCUAGGAUUUGAAGCUUCUGAUGCAAAUGCUUUAGUCAGUCUUAGCUGUACUUACAAGCAAGAGUCGAUAUGUCGCGAUUGUGAAGAUAAUGCCAAUGUUUCAAAUGGUAGCUUAAAUCUCCAUAAUGUGAGCAACACUGGUACUGGUGCACUUGCUGAUGUCGAAUGUAAUCCUGGGUAUGAGACCAAGAAAACAAUUGUAAUUUGUCAAGAAACAGGACGUUGGGAAAAUUCUACUUGCUUUCCAAAAGGUACAAAAUAUCACUGUAAUAUGAAAGAUGAUUUGAUACUGUUAGCAGUGCCAUUAUAUCAGAUUCCUAAAAGCAGUAAUGUCUGAUUUCAUUGAAUUUUAUUUCACAUUUUUACACAAAUAAUCCAGAAAUAGCAUGCCGAUCAAAUAUUUCAAUGGCAGGCUAUAUGUAUAAUAUGUUCCCAUUGUUAACUAUAAAUGUCAUUGUCAAAGAGUCUGAUCUUCUUCGCAAACCAUGAAUAGACUGUAUUUGAAACACCUUCAUCGAAUAAAUGUAGUUUUGAAGAUGCAAUAUUCCAUUACAUAUAUUAGAAUAUGUAUUAGGAGCAUAAAACAUAGCCAAGCAAAUUAAUAGCAGGUUGAGUUGAUUCAUGAGAGGUAAUGAAAUGUGCAAUCCUCUCUUCUUUAGUACUUUAAGUCGACGUAGUUGUCGCCCUUGCUAAACUGAAUGGUAUUUAUCUAAAAUUG